AUCAUUCUCCCCUCUUCUUGCUCAGCGACGUCGAACGCAGCGCUGGCCACUGCCCUUUUCCCUUCUCCUUCUACUAUCAUCAUCUUCACAUCCUCACGACCUCUCCAAGUCCUUCCUGACCGUGUCUCUUCUGUUUUCCUCGCCUAAUUCAUCAACCACACGGCGCCCAGUCAAUUAUGAGCUACGCGGAUCCAUAUGCCACGAGGCACCAACAGUAUAAUGAGCCGUAUAAUCAGACCCCUGCGGACUACGACCCUUACAACUAUCGCCCACACGAGACAUAUAAUCAGGGAGGCUACCAGGACGGAGCUUACAGAGACGAUCCGUCUUACCCCACACAAGUGCCAGUGCAGAAUGUAGGAAGAGGGAAGGAAGUAGGGUUUGAAGAGCCAACUUAUGCUGACGCUGCGAGAACUCCUCCGGACUCACGAGGCCUCAGACAAUGGAGAGCAGACAAUCAAGGCAAUCUAUGGACGAGUGGAUCACGUCCUAGAUGUAUAUGCAGAUUCUUCGGCUGCUUCGUUCUCACCGCCCUCUUCCUCCUAAUCUCGAUUUUACUUUCACUUGCUCUUUGGAUUCAACCACCAAACAUCGUUAUUGGAGACGUACAAACAUCAACAUCCACAAGCGCGUUCCAACUGGUGACGAAUGGACUGCAAAUCAAUCUGAACGUCAGCAUCGACGUCGACAACCCAAACUACUUCGCCGUCGAUUUCUCGAAGAUUGUCGCCGACAUUUACUACCCCAUCAACAAUACUCUAAUUGGCGGUGGUAACGAGACAAAUAUCAAGUUCCCAGCGGGGACUAACACCAACAUCUCCUUCCCAUUCGAUAUCAAGUACACGACCGACAUCGACCCCGACGACUCCAUCAUCAAAGAUCUUGCUACCAAGUGCAUAGGUGGUGACCAAGUGACAGUCGACUUUAAGAUCACUUUGAGUCUCAAGGUCUUGUUCGUCACGAUCUCGCCGGUCGUGAGCAGUAGUACAUCGUUCGAUUGCCCUAUUACCGAAUCGGAGAUAGAGGAAAUCGCUUCGUCGCUAGGUCUCAGUAGUAUCUUAGGAGAUAUAUGAUUGUGUUUGUAGGUACAAUUGAGUUUAGUAUGGAUUGCCCUUCACCCGCAGAUGUGUUUGGACUCGACCUCCGAGUUUCUUGAUUAUCGCUUUCGCUUUGUUUCAUGAUUUGAGACCCGAUGGACGCUUUCGACAUUCUAGUGGACUCUCUAGUAUUACCAUUGUGUUACCUAGUACCUUUGUGUAUACGUAUAUGUGCACCUUCCGCAUCUUGAAGGACAAACCCUACUGUAA